CAUAUCAUCAUCACGUCACAUCACAUAUGUCCUCUAAUCUGAGUGGCUGUGAGACACACUGUUUCAUCUGGGUGAUAUCAGGGCUGAUGAGAGCUUCUCGUCUGUUCUGAGUCUGCAGCAGCUUCCGUGCGCUUUUUGGACUUUUACAAGUGCUGACACAGAAGGUCACUGUGUCCGAGCUAGAAGUCGACUCAACGCAGAGUGAAGGAUCUACAGACACGACAACUGAGAGAGCCACAGAGAUGCUGUGAAGGCAUGUCUGUGCCUUGUUGGAGUUUCAUUGUGAGUUGGCAUUCACAGUCCACAGAGACCCUGGUCGUGUAAUGGUUUUAUCAUCAUGAUAUCCACAUGGGUGUCAGUGAUUGUCAUGCUGUUGGCUUUGGUGAAUGGAGCGAGAAAUGAAGAUGACGUAGAGCCGUGUGCAACGGUUCAAUCGUCCAGCUCCGUGGUGCCUUUGGGGUCCAAUGUCACAGCCACCUGUGUCAUCAGAGAAGACUGCCCUCUGGCCAUUGGACAAGCUGUUCACAUAGAGUGGCACCUCGGCAGUCGCUUUUUACCCAGCAGCCCCGGGGCCAAUGAUAGCAGCAGAGUGUCUCAGGUUGUUGUACCGAGUUUCAAUCACACCAGGGCGUUCCUAACCUGCUCUGUCCGAGGCUCUCCGGCUCAAGUGGUGGGAGGAGUGCAGAUCCGAGCUGGAUAUCCACCAGAAGCACCACAAAGCCUCACCUGUCAGACCAACCUCACCAAACCAAACACCCUGACCUGUAGCUGGGACCCGGGGCAGCUGGAGACCCACCUGCUCACAAAGUAUACCCUCCACACAGAGGUUUGGGAUUUAAAUCAGAACUACACAUAUGAGAUACUACCAGGGGUCCACCAAUACACCAUCCCUCGCUCUGACUUUGUCCUGUUCUCAGACAUGGAAGUUUAUGUGAAGGCCCGUAAUGACCUCGGGGAAGCAACCACUGAACACAUCAUUUUAGAGCCAGUCAGUGCAGCUAAAUUUGAUCCACCAAUAAUUCUGCAAGCUGUGUCUACAAAAUAUGGCUGCUUAAAGCUGAGCUGGAGAUUAUCUCAUCACCAGGACUGGAUGUUGGAAGCCCUGAACCUAGAAGUGCGACUUAAGACUGCUGACAGCAGCCAAUGGACUGAACAACCAAUCCCAGUGGGUCGGUUCAGAACAUCCAGACCUGUGAGCCUGUGUCGUCUCCUCCAUGGGACUCGGUAUGCCGCCCAGAUUCGGGUCCGAUACAAGCAGAGCCCCUGGAGUGACUGGAGCAGCAGCCACUCUGGUGUCACCUUGGAGAGCGCUCCCACUGGACGCUUAGAUUCAUGGACGAAGGUAUCAGGGAAUCACAUGAACGAAACGCUCAACAUACACCUGUUUUGGAAGCCAUCGAAACAAUUCCAUGCCAACAGCCAAAACGUGUCAUACACUGUGUCGGUGCAAAGGCUGCCAGGUGAAAGGGGAAAGGUGUGCUCUACUACCAGGAAUCACUGUACUUUUCGGAUUCCCAGGAAAGUAAGGAAGGUGUUUCUGAGGGCUGUUAAUGCAGUGGGGAAAUCUCCACCUACGGAAGUUCGGAUUUACUUACCUAAAGCUGUUGCAGGGAUAUCAGAUGCUACAGUCGUUCCUCGUGAUGAUAGAUCCUUCCUAGUCCAGUGGAGAAGCCUGGUUUCUUUUGGCCUCACUGGUUUCGUGGUGGAAUGGAGACCUCUGUUAAAAUCAGACCUCUCCCUCACCCAGUUUGAAAUGACUGACAGAAACCAGACAAGCCUUGUUAUAACAGGCAGCUUUGAGCCCUACAAGCCCUAUGGGAUCUCUGUGUAUCCAAGGUUUAAGGAUGGGAUAGGCCUUCCUCAGACUGUUAAUGCCUACUCGAGGCAAAAGGCUCCAUCAAUGGUUCCAAAAAUAACAAUCAAAAAGACCUGGCAGUCACAAAUCGAGCUGAUCUGGGAUGAAAUACCGUUAGACCAAAGGAACGGCAUAAUCAAGAACUACAAAGUCUUCUUCUGGAAUGCAAAAGGACCCAUAAAUGUUGCACAUGCGGACCCAACCGAAAGGAGGGUGGUCCUGACAGACCUCGACUCCGUGUCUCUGUAUGAGGCUUUCAUGAUGGUUAGCACGUUUGGUGGAAGCCGUAACGGGUCGACAAUUAAUUUUGAAACUGAGCCACUGGAUUCACUUUCUAUUCUGAUCAUCGUAAUUGGCUCACUGGUUGGACUGUUACUUUUUAUUUUUGUCAUACUCAUGACAUGUUUCUCCUACCAAAAAAGGCUGAAGGGACAUUUCUGGCCAGCGGUUCCCGAUCCGGCUAACAGCAGCAUCAAGAGAUGGACAUCAGAAUCAACACAGGAUAGCUAUCUUACAUCUGACAAUGAGGAGCCCAAUCUGGUGUACCUGUCCCACCUCAGCUUCCUGGACCUCCCUGCCAAAAUAAGUAAAGAGGACCAUGAUGACCUGUGGUUGAACAGUUCAGAGGACACCAGUGACCUGGGAGAAUCCAUUUGUGGAUCACCAUUCAUCCCCGGCUACUCCGGUUCAAACAGCGACUCUGUCCCUUACGCUACAGUGAUCUUUUCCGGUCCAUGCAGCAGCCCCACUCUUGAAGGGCCUCCUGUUUACCUGCGCUCAGAGUCCACGCAGCCCCUCCUGGAGAGUGAAGAAACCUUCAGUCCAAAGUGUUACCAGAACAUGGCGACUGAUCAGAGGCCAACAGAGCAAUGUUUUUUUGGACCAGACCUUGAUUGUGUAACAAACAAAGGGAAAGAAUUAGAAACUAUGUGGGAUGAUUUUCCUUUUCUACGAGCAUUAGCGAUGACCGAGACUGAAAUUGACUAAAAGUACAUUUCUGAUUAUAAACGUAAAGUUUUUGCAAGAUGUUAAUGAAGAUCUGAGUUUGUAUUUUGAGCCAUUACAAGAUGAUUCAACAUGACACACAGCUGAAAAUCCAUGAAAACAAAUUUGAUUUUCAAUGAUUAUGUUAUGUGUGCUUUAUCUGCAGACUUCUUAGACUUUCAAUGUUGGUGUUUUUGCUAAUGAAAAUAUAUACUGUACGGUGUUGUAUGUUAACCACCUGUGUACUUGUAAGCCAAGGGGACACAAUUAAAACAGAAUGUCUGAGGGAACAAAAGCUUUAAAGACAUGUGUUCCCCCCUGACUGAUCAUUUACAACUAUACCUCUAAAUUUGGUAUGUACUUAUCAAGCUUGCUGAGAGAGGUGUUCUUAUAACUAGUGGAUGUGAUUUAAAAGGAAAGCUGAGUAGUUUAUAAUUUUUCAGUGUGAUCUGAAAGCUAAGGCUCAUUAAAAAUCAAAGUUUAAAGCAGCCUGGGAUUUCAGGUAAAGCCAAACUGUUAUUGGGAAAUUAUUUUUACACCCAACAAAAACGGCACGUUUGAUUUUUGCUAUGGAAAUGUAUCUCAACGUAAACUUUUGUGAUCAAUUUUGAUGUGUAAAUGUCUCUGAUUUGUAUAAAAAUAAUUGUAUUUUUUUAUUGAUUAAAACACCAUUUGUAAAAAAA